AAACAAACAAACAGAAAUUGAAAAGAAAAAAAAAUCAAUAACUGUGUUCUUAGAUCUUCUGUGUUCCUCUCCCCCAUAAACCCUUGUUCUCAGGUUGAGGAGUGUAUGCGUUUUCCGGCGAGAGUGAAGCUCCGGGCGGUGUCCAGGCUGGAGUGUGGCUGAGUAUGGACGGUGGAGAUUGAAAGUUUUGUGCUUUUCAGAUUAGAGUUUUAUUGGGGUUUUGAUUUUCGUGUCGGUUUGUGGUGGAGAUGGGGAGUUCCGGCGAGUCCGGUAAUAACGGCAUUGAUGCGUCAGUGGGGUCCUUGGUUUGGGUCCGGCGCCGAAACGGGUCGUGGUGGCCGGGCAGGAUUGUGGGGCUGGACGAGUUGUCUGAGGAUUUUGUGGUUUCGCCUAGGUCCGGGACUCCGGUGAAGCUUCUCGGCCGGGAUGACGCAAGCGUGGACUGGUAUAAUCUUGAAAAAUCCAAGAGGGUGAAACCUUUUCGCUGUGGGGAGUAUGACGAAUGCAUUGCAAAAGCAAAGGCUGCUGCAGCUAACCCCAACAAGAAGGCAGCGAAAUAUGCACGGAGGGAAGAUGCCAUUAUUCAUGCUCUUGAGAUUGAGAAUGAGCGCCUAGCCAAGGAUAAUGUAAAUAUCAGCUCUCGAAUGAGUAACUCUGGUGGUGACCGUGAUUGCUCAGCCAGGGAAUCACCUGCCACGUCUCACUCUGGCGAGGAGAAUGGAGAUAUGACUGAUGAUGGAAGGAGAAAAAGAACACCAAAUGAUUCAGAGGAUGAUGGAACAGAAGGAGUUAAGCGCAUGAGAGGACUUCAGGACCUGGGAAUGGGUGUGGUAUCAAAAAGGUCAGUCCAGACGGAAGGGCUUCUUGAAAUAGUUCAGCACGACAAUGCUUCACUCUUACAUUCAAACACUCAGAAUGGCAUGCCCAAUGGAAGUCUUGCAAAUGGAAGCAAAAAUUCCUCAUCCUUGAGAAGAAAGAGAUCUCCAGUGGCAACCGCUAAUGAAUUCCUGAAAAGAAAAAGUCGUAGCCGACCUCUGACAAAGGUUUUGGAGAGUACUGAAAUGGUGUCUAUUCCAGUUACAGGUGACCAACUUCCAAAUUCAAGUGGUUCAUCUCUUCAAUUAUCUGACGGCAAGGUUCCUGAAUUAGAACUAAACGAGUCAAAAAGGAGUUUAUCUAUGGACCACACCGGAGUUUCAUGUGAUAAUGAUGCUUCAACAGAUGCUCCUGAACAAGCUACAGUGUCUUCCUAUAUUAAUCAGAUGAAAGAGAAUGAAAUUGUCAGCAAAUCUGAGUUAUUGGAGAAUGGUUCUUCUAAAAGAAUCUUUGAUGUGCGGCUUGUUGGUGAAGAAAAACGCCCUUCAGGUAAUUCUGCUGUACUUGCUCCUUGUUCAUCUGGAAGGCCUGAAAUUGGUGUGGCGGCAAGGCAAUCUAAUCGAAGUAGUCAAGCUGAAGCUGAAUCUUUGAGAAAUGGGAGACCUAAUGAAUCUGGUCCUACAAGUUCUGCAGCCGUGCAUGAUAUUUGCCAAAGUAUAGAAAGAGGUGGCUCAAAGUGGCAGUCAAAAGGAAAGAGAAACUCAAGACAAACAAGUAGAGAUAGGAAACAUAACUCGAGGAAAUAUAUGAACGUUGAUGACUUAUCCAAUGCUAGUUUGGCAAGCAUAGGGUGUUCUGAUAUGCUAUGUCAUGUUUCGGACCUGAAAAGGAAUUGCAAUGGUAUUAGUGGUUCUGCUACAUUUGAUUACACAUUACAAGGAAAGUCCAAACAAGUUGCGGAAUUGUCUGAUGGACCGACUCAAAGGUCACUUCCUUAUCGGCAGUCUCGCUUCAUGGUACCUGCAAGAUAUCAGACAUCUGAUUCUAUUGCCCGCAAUACUUCAUUAUAUGAUGUCAAAGUUGAGAUUAAAGCAAAGUACCGGCCACAGCAUGUUCCGCUGGUUUCUUUAACGAGUAAAUUGAAUGGUAAAGCCAUUGUUGGUCACCCGGUCACAGUUAAGGCUUUGGAUGAUGGUUAUAGUGACAGACUGUUUGGCAGUAUGGAAUGUGAUCUUAGAGGCGGCAAACUUAGUUACGCAGUUCAACAAACUGCAGAAAUCGGAAAAAUCCCAGCCAGGCAUUUGGGCUCGCCAAAUUCUCCAAAAACAAAGAAAUCCGGACUACUGCAAAAAAAGACCAGGAAGUUAUCUUCACUGACUGGUCACAGGCAAUCCGAAGAGAGGAAGCUACCGGUAGAGAAAAGCGGUCCGGUAAUAGCUUGUAUCCCCCUUAAGUUAGUUUUCAGUAGGAUAAAUGAAGCAGUGAAUGGGUUAGCGCGACCAACACAUCGUGUGUUAAAAACCAAGUGAGACUUGAAUUUGUUUUUUGGCUAAAGUUGCAGUGAAUGGUAUCUUCAUGUGAAAUUAGCUCUAUAUCCUGUGUUUUAGUUCAAUUCUGCAGCCUCGUCACUGUUUCUCAUUAAUUUGGCCGCUCCAAGUGGGCAGCAUCUUUAAACUUGCUGUCCUCGAGUUCAAAUCCUUCUUGCAAUUCCUUGACGCUGCAUUGUUGUAGGAAGAGCAGUUGGUCAAUGGAUUCCGCAUUUCUCUGUGUAUAAUAGUGUUAACAUUAGUUGAGUUGUAACUGGCAUUAGGUAUUUUGAUGACCUAAUAUCUGGUUACUUAAUCUAUGAAUUCAGGUUGAAUC